CGUAUAGACAGUUAAUCUCAUGCAAUAAAUCACACCUGAGUUUAUUAAGUCAUGCUUAUUAACAUAAGAGGAUUACAAGAAUGCUCGCCCAAUUAAAUUAGCUGUAUAAGACAAUUAGGAACAUGUAUUUGAAACAAUUUGCAACACAAUCAAAGAAGUUCUAACCUGGGAUACAAAUCGAAAUCUAUAUCCUCCAUUAACCAAGUUAUUAGCUUUGAGAGUAUAAAUUAUGAUUCUAUUCUUAUAGUUGAGUAAGGAGCUAAUUGAGAUUUCUAAUAUGAGAUUUAUAAAUCAAUAUGAAGCUAUAGCCUUAAACUCUUUAAAAUAUUAUGCAGAGUUCGGGGAUCCUGCGAAUGACCAAAAUAGGGGAAGCAAUUUAUUUGGAGAUAAAAUGGGUACUCAAAAAUAGUUAUUCUAGAAAAAGAAACCAGAUAAUAUGGAACUUCCUUGGUUAGGCUAGCUAUGGAAUGUAUAAAGGCAUGGGCUCUGUUUUUUCCUUAAUAUCCUUAAGGAGGUCCAACUAAAUUUAUUCAAUUAUAUCUGGAUUUAGAAAAUAAAGGGUAUACAAUUAAUACCUGGUCUUACUUCAAACAAGAAUUUGUUAACUAGCAUACAAGUCCUGAAUAUCCUCACACAGUAGAUCUUCUAAAAUCAGAUGCUAGAAUUAAUUAACAGUUUCUUAACUCUGGCGCUAUUUAACCAAUGAAAUAAGCAUCUUCUAAUCAGCCCUAAACUUAAUAACAUGGAAAUAAUCAAAGUUAAACUCCAGGCUAAGCUACUCCAGGUAAUCCAAAAGAUGGCGCAAUUCAGAAAGCAAACACUGUUAUUGAAAGGUGUAAAUAAUUGAUAGAUGAAGUUGAAAUUAUAUGUUCUAAAAAUUUAAAUUACGUUCCCUAAAGUUUUCAAUUAUUAAGGGAUGAAGCAUUUGCUAAAACCUAGGUAAUGGAUAUAUUGGUUAAUGAACUAAUAGACUAUGAUGAAGAGGACUUGGCAGGGGAAGUCAUGUUGGAGAUGGAUAAUUUAUAAACCUUGGAAAAGGAAUUUGGUUUGCUUAAUGAUAGAACUUAUUAAGAGUUUAGAAAUAAAUACAUGAAGAAUAAACCUGAUUAUGAGAAGGAAAAAUAUAUUAAAGAUUAAAUCGAGAUAGUAUAACAAUAAAUAAAAGAUGAGAAGGAGAUAUAAAGAUUAGCAAAUUUGGCAAAUUAAUAAUAAUUAUAUUAAUAAUAAUAAUAAUAAUAAUAAUAAUAAUAAUAAUAAUAAUAAUAAUAAUAAUAAUAAUAAUAAUAAUAAUAAUAAUAAUAAUAAUAAUAAGCGGAAUAAAAGAGAUAAUAAGAGAUAGAGAAUGAAAAACAAAGAUUGGAAGUAGAGAGAUUAAAAAAAUUAAUGGAAGAGUAAGAUCGUAUAGAAUAAGAAAGAAAACGAAAAGAAGAGUAAGAUCGCAUAGAAUAAGAAAGAAAACGAAAAGAAGAGCAAGAUCGUAUAGAAUAUGAAAGAAGACGAAAAGAAGAGCAAGAUCGUAUAAAAAAGAAUGAGGAACAAAAUUAGGAAAAGUAAAGAAUUUAAGAUGAAGAGAAUAAGAAACGAGAGCUAGAGCUAAAAAAAAAAUAGGAAGAAGAGCAGGCGGAGAAAAAAAGAAAUUAAGAAUUAGAGGAUUAAAAGAGAUAGAAAUAAAUCUAGGAGUAGGAAGAGCAGUAAAAAAAGUAGAAAUAAUAAGAGGAAGAAUUCAAAAAGUAGAGAGAAUAUGAAGAAGAAUAAAAGAAAAUUCAUUAUGAAGAGAUGUAGCAAAAACAAUAAUAAUAACAAAUAGUAUUGGAUAACGGUGACAGCGAAAAAGUUCAAGAAUUAGUUGGAGCUUCCAAAUUUUAGACAAACUCUUAAGUAGGUUAGGUAUUUAACACUAAAUCAUUUUUAUAUCCAAAUGAUCAAUCUAAAAUUCAAAUGAAAACCUCAAAACCAAUCAGUCAUUCUAGUUUGGGAUUGAAUCCUCAGCCAUAACACCAAAAAAUAAAAGGGGAUUUAAGUGGAGCUCCUGAUUUGAUAUAAGAGAAUCACCAAUAAAUGAACUAGUUUGAUAAGAAAUAAUUGGAAAUCUUACAGCAACAAGUGGAAAAUUUACAAAGAGAUAAGGGAUAAUUACAAAAACAAUUAGAAGAUGAAGAAAACAGAAAUAAAAAGUUGAAGGAAGAUGUAUAUUCAUUAAAUGGAGGUGGUAAUAGGAUAUAAGAAGAUUUAAAAAGUCUGCAAACAAAAUUUGAUUAACUUUAAUAAGAAAAGAUAUUAAAUUAGAAUCAACUCCAAUUAAUUCAACAACAAUUUAAUGAAUAUAAACUGAAUUCUGAAAGGUUGAAAUAAUAGCAAAAAGAUUAAAAUGAUUUAGAGCUAAAUAAUUAUAAAAUAGAAAGACAGCAGUUAUUUUCAGAAAAAUAAGCACUUUUGAGAUAGAUUGAAUAAAUCAAGGCUUAAUCAACCAAUCAUAGUGAAAUUUAAGAUAAAUAAUUUCAAUAUGAGUAACUGAUAGCCUAACACAAAAGAGAAAUAGAGACCUUAAAAUUAGAUAAAGAAAUUCUGUAAAAAAGUCUGUAAAAAGAAAUUGAUUUAAGCAAAAUCAAACUUAAUGAUUAAUAAACCUUUUCAGAGACUCUGACUAAUUAAUUAAAUCUUUAUAAGACCUAAUUGGAAAAAAGCUAAAAGGAUUAUUUAAUCCUAUAGGAAAGUUAAAAAAAGUCUAAUGAUGAACUUUUGUAAUAAGUAUUUGAGGCUAGAAAGGAAAAUUUAAAUACCAAACAAUAGUUAAACUCAAAUUAAUUAUAACUUAGUGAUAAAGAAGCAGAAUACAAAUAAUUAUAAUAAAGUUAUUAAGCUGCUUAAAAAGAAAAUUAACAACUUAAGAGAAAUCUAGAAGCUGCUUAAUAAUAAAUUGAUCAAUUUAUACAGAAGAACAUGGACAAUAGAAGUUCAACUCUUUUACAAUAGAAAUUGCAAUAGAAAUUAGAUGAGAUUGAUAAGUUAAAGGAAGAUCAUAAAAUUGCUUUGAAAGAAAAAGAUGAAUAUUAUAAAUAAAGAAUAGAUGAUCUCACAUAGGAUAGGUAGAAAUUAUAAAAAGAUGUCUUUGAAUUACAAUAAUAGGCAUAAUAGAAUCAGUUGGCAACUAUUGAGGCAAUCUAAAAAUAGGCUUAGUUAUAAUUAAAGAUUCCUUCAAAGAAUCACACUAAAUCUUAAGUUUCUGAACUAGAGUCGAUUUAACAAUAAUAAAAUAAUUAACAAAUAGAGAUUUCUGAAGUUAAGGCAAAUGCAAAUCAUUCUAUAAAGGAAGUGAAUGCAGGCCUUGAAAAUAAUCCGAUUGUGUAAAUUCAGUGUCCCAUUGCUGUGUUCAAGCAUUUUCCAAAAAAUAGAAAAUUCUAUCCCGAAUAAGUACCUUAAAAGCAAAAAAAUCUUAACCCUGAAAGUUUAGACCUAAUAUUCCCUUAUAGCAGUCCUGAAGAUUACUUUAAUAACAAACCACAGAAAUCAAGAAAAGGUAAGGUGAUUCAAUAGAAUUAAAAUUUUGAUGACAUUUCUCAUUUGAACAGAGAUAAUGUGACCUUUUUCAAAUAGCGAUGCUUAGGAUCUUAAGGCAUUUUGUAUGAAGAUUAUGGGAUACAGUUUGGAUUAUUGUAUUAAACUUAAGUUGCUCAGAAUAAAACCUAUUUUACCUAUGGUUUGUAUGUAUCAAAUAGCUAGGGAGUGAAACAAGAUUUUACAGUGUAAUUUUUGGAAGUUGAAAGUAAAAAUUAUAAUGAUAACUUAUUAUAGAAUUCUAGCAAUUUUGGGCUUCCCCCUUAGAAUUUUCAAAAACUUUAGAUGAAGAUUCUAACGAAUUAAUAGAGAUAUUGAUUGGAUCGAAUAAGAUUCCUUAUUAAAUUUUGACAUUGCAAAUUUCCCACUUUGAGACCCAUCCAUUCUAAAUUUACAUUCCAAAUCACAUUUGCUAAUAGAUAAUUUAUAGAGAAAUCAAGGUGAGUGAAUUUAAGAAUAAAUGGAAAUAAUAGAUAUCUAAUUAAAUUAGAACACCAUUGCUUAAUUUAAAUAAAGGAGUGAUAAAAGAUAUUAGUUUCUUCCAAAAGUAAGUGCCGAAAACAAUAAUUUUAAACAGCAACAAAAUUAAUGAUUUUGAGAUGGGAAUAGAUGAAAUAAAAUUAGGAGGUCUAGGAUAUGUUUUAGACAUUUCAUUUUUAAUAAAAGUAUAAAAGUAUUUUAAUAUAUUUUAGUUUGAAAUUUUACCAAACGAUAAAAUCUGCAUUUAUCUAACUUUUGAAUCCAAAUUCACCACAAAAAGACAGAUUCUUGAACAAAUAUUAAAUGGAUAUGCAUUCAUAUUAGGUGAUGGCAAAAGCUAAUGAUUAAUUAUAUUCACAUAUAAAUAUGAUAAAUAAUUUGGAGG